AUUAAAAGAUUAAUUAUAUCUAUUUUCUCAUCAUGUAAGUGUUUAUAAGUAAGGAGUCCAGGUUAUGAAAAUUUUCUAUCAAAUGAGCUUUUCAUGUUUUCUCCCUCAAACCAGCCUCCUAAUUAUUCCCACGAGGCCAAAUGGACUCAAAACCAGAUCCCCUUCAUAUCUUGUUCUUUCCACACCUGGCUCAUGGACAUAUGAUCCCAACUAUAGAUAUGGCUAGAGUAUUUGCAAGGCAAGGAGUGAAAGCCACCAUUCUCACAACUCAUCUUAAUGCCUCUUUCUUCUCUAAAGUGAUUGAAAGGGACAGAAAGUUGGGAUUUGAGAUUGAUAUUGUGAUGAUAAAAUUCCCUUCCAUGGAGGCUGGCCUGCCUGAGGGGAUUGAGAAUAUAAGUUCCAUCACUUCACAAGAAAUGGGUUAUAAACUCUUCAAGGCUGUUAGAUUGCUUCAACAACCCCUUCAACAAGUACUUGAAGACUGCCACCCCAAUUGCCUGGUUGCAGAUGGAAUGUUUCCAUGGGCUACGGAAGUUGCAAGGAAGGUAGGGAUACCAAGGUUAGUUUUUUAUGGAACAAGCUAUCUCGCCUGUUGUGUUUUAGAUAGCUUCCUGCGUUAUGAGCCUCUGAAAAAUGUUACAUCAGAUGAUCAACUCUUUGAAGUUCCUGGAAUUCCAGACAAGAUCAUGAUGACAGGGCUGCAACAAGCAGCUGAGCUUAGAGACUCAAGAUCCAACAAUGAAACCACAGUUGUGUUGCAUAAACUUCUAGAAGCUGAGAUUACAAGCUCUGGGGUUAUCAUGAACAGUUUCCAAGAGCUUGAACCAGCUUAUGUACAACACUACAGGAAAACUUUGGGGAGGAAAACAUGGCACAUAGGCCCUUUAUCUCUCUGCAACAAUGACAUUGAGGAUAAAUUAGAGAGGGGAAAUGCAAAUGCUGUCUCUACCCAUAGAGUUGAAUGCUUAAGAUGGCUAGACACAAAGAAACCCAACUCAGUUUUAUACAUAUGUUUUGGAAGUGUAUCCUGGAUCUCACCUACUCAGCUUAAUGAGCUUGCUAAGGGGAUAGAAGCUUCUGGGGUGGAUUUCAUAUGGGUAGUGAGAAAGACCAAUAAAGAUGAAGAAGAAGAAGAAGAUAAAGAAGAGUGGUUGCCAAAAGGAUUUGAAGAAAGGAUGAAAGGGAAAGGUUUGAUUAUAAGGGGAUGGGCACAUCAACUGUUGAUUCUUGAUCAUGAAGCUAUAGGAGGGUUUAUGACUCACUGUGGGUGGAACUCAAUACUGGAGAGUAUCACCGCUGGAGUGCCAAUGGUUACUUGGCCACUCAGUAAUGAACAGUUCAGCAAUGAAAAGCUUGUGACAGAUAUAGUAAGAGUAGGGGUUGGAGUUGGAGCACAAGAAUGCUCUAAAUGGAUGGAAGGCAAGAAAUUGUUGGUGACAAAAGAAAAUAUAACCAGCGCAAUAUCUCAGCUGAUGGUUGGUGAAGAAGCUAAUGACAUGAGGAACAGAGCCAGUGCAUUGAAAUGGAUGGCAAAGAGAGCUGUUGAAGAAGGUGGAUCAUCUCACUCUGAUUUGAAGGCUUUGUUAGAUGGAUUGAGAUUGAACAGCAUUUAGGGAGAUCAAUAAGUUAAGUACUCAGAAUAAAGCUCUAGAUCAAUUUCAAAUGUAAUAGAAAUUCAUAUAAUUAGUGAAUGCAAUGGAAAAAAUCCAAACUUUAAUAUUCCAGCAAUAAAAUACACAUUCGAAAACAAAAUA